UUGCCGAUACUGGAUAGGGGCGGGACGUGGGGGCGGAGAAAGGGCUAUGUUGUUGGAGACCACUCCCCUUUAGCAGACUGCAGACAUCAGACGUCAUCUGUAAACAGGAAGCAUUGAAUCGGGUGAGAAAGUUUCUUAUGUUCUGGCUGAAAUAACCAAUCAUGGGGAAAAGUUGCAAAGUAGUGGUAUGCGGCUUGACUGCUGUUGGAAAAACGGCUGUGCUGGAGCAGCUACUGUAUGCCAAUCACGUGGCAGGUUCUGAGCCCAUGGAGACCUUGGAGGACAUUUACAUUGGCUCUAUUGAGACAGACCGUGGCACACGAGAACAAGUGCGCUUCUAUGACACCCGGGGCCUCCGUGAUGGGAUGGAGUUCCCGCGGCACUACUACUCCUUCGCCGACGGCUUCGUGCUGGUGUACAGCAUCGACAGCAAAGAGUCCUUUAAACGCAUGGAGGCCCUCAAGAAAGAUAUCGACAGGCAGCGAGACAAGAAAGAGGUGACCAUCGUUGUCCUCGGCAACAAGCUGGACCGGGACGGUGAGAGGAAGGUGGAGCACAACACGGCCCAGAACUGGGCCAAGGCCGAGAGGGUGCGCCUGUGGGAGGUUUCAGUGGUGGACCGCCAUUCGCUGAUCGAGCCCUUCGUCUACCUGGCCAGCAAGAUGACGCAGCCCCAGAGCAAGUCCACUUUCCCCCUGAGUCGCAACAAGAACAAGAGCAGCGGCUCCGUGGACAGCUGAGGGGCCAGGGGUGGGUGGUUCCUGAGGAGGGAGUACAGACCACUGGAUUCAUCUGGGGGGGGGGGGGGGGGAGGGGGGGUUGGUUAAUAGAAUGCAGAAAUGACACGUGUAUCUAACUACUACUGUAGCUUGGUAACUUCUGAUUUUAACUUCUGUGAGUUAAGGGAAUACAGAAGUCUCAUGCAGAAGUUAACUGACUACUUCUGUAGUUAGUGACACGCUGAAGGUCAAAGGAUGUUGGAAAAAAAAGUGCUUCACUGAUAGAUCUCUUGGCAUCAUGAUUGUAUAGCAUUCAUGUGUAGUCUCUGCAAUAAGUACUUUAAUAGAGCCAGGUUGUUUAUUAUUUUGCUCAAUACUGUACCAAAAUUAUAUAGAUCUCUAGAAUAUUGUUAUUUCAGUGUACAAGGCUGCAAAAUAUUCAUUUUUGUGUGAAAUGGUAAACCCUGUGCAUGAAUCCAGUGGUUUUAGUGUAAUCAAUAGUUGACAGUUGACCAAUCUUGUUUAUAUGUUUGGUAAGACAUCGAUACAACAUGUAAUUGAUAACGUAAUGUGGAAAUACAAUUUUGCCACAAAAUAAGCCCGCUUUUCAGUCAUAGGGAAUUACUUAUUAUUUCAAACAGAAUAGAGUACGGGUUACGUGUCCUUUUUACAUAGAGUAUACAGACGUUUUUCCACUUACUUGAUGCCCGAAACAGUAACUGAUUUUAUGAAAUAAUAAUUCCAAAGAUGACGGCCUUCUAUAACUUCUCACAGUUAACUAGAUGGAAUUCAAAAAGCAGUCAAGUGAAAAUGUCUAUGGCAAAAUGCAAAUAUCAAAAAUGUUAAUAGAUGGCAUAGCAAAACAGAUCUUUCAAUUCUGCCGUCAUACAGCGUUUCAGGUAAUGUCAACAUUACAAAUGUCUGUUAUCUGUUGAACAUCAUCUAAUUACCGGUUUCCUAUCAGUGUAUUGUCACAUCUAAAGGAAAACAAGACAUUUCACAUGAAUAUGCAGUGCAUAUGCUGGUUGAUGUAAAUGUUCAGAAUGUUGAACUGAAUAUUUUUUACAGUGCUGUUUUAUUCUGAGAUGUAUGCUGUAGAGUAGGGUAGUUGCAUAUGUUAUUGUCUUGUCUGUCUUUUUUGUCAUUCCAACCAAAUUCUGCAGAUAAGAAUAAAUUAUUUUGAGAUGA